GCAACGGCUAACGGCCUCGUCUUUGAGCUUCAUCUAAUUAACUUUCCAUCCGCAAACCCCAUCCCGAUUCCCUGUACGACCUACGCCAUUUACUCUCAACGCGUCGGCGACCUACAUUUCUUCUAAACGGAUACUUGGUGUCCAUUAUUCGUUACUACCAUUUAAUCCUCUUCCGAGCCCGUAUCAUCAUCAACCACAGACCAUGGCCUCGGACCAAGAACGGGACCAUGCGCUCCAAGCGCUCCGAGCCAAGCUCAUCGAGUCGCGAGAAUGGGAAUCGAAGCUCAAGGCCUUGCGCGUGGAGAUCAAGGGAUUAGAAAAGGAGUUCAACCAGACCGAAGAGAAUAUCAAGGCCCUGCAAAGUGUCGGGCAGAUUAUCGGUGAAGUCCUAAAGCAGCUGGACGAGGAAAGAUUUAUCGUAAAGGCCUCUUCAGGUCCCCGAUAUGUCGUCGGAUGCAGAUCGAAAGUCGACAAGGCCAAGCUGAAGCAGGGAACCCGUGUAGCGCUCGAUAUGACGACGCUAACAAUCAUGCGAAUGCUACCUCGAGAAGUUGAUCCCCUCGUCUACAACAUGUCACUGGAGGACCCCGGCCAAGUCUCUUUUGCUGGUAUCGGUGGUCUCAACGACCAGAUCCGCGAGUUACGUGAGGUCAUCGAGUUGCCGCUGAAGAACCCGGAGCUAUUCUUAAGAGUUGGUAUCAAGCCGCCCAAGGGCGUGCUGCUAUAUGGACCUCCGGGUACCGGAAAGACGCUGUUAGCAAGAGCUGUAGCUAGCAGUUUAGAGACGAAUUUCUUAAAAGUCGUUUCCUCAGCCAUCGUCGACAAGUACAUCGGCGAAUCGGCGCGACUUAUACGAGAAAUGUUCGGGUAUGCCAAGGAGCACGAGCCGUGCAUCAUAUUCAUGGACGAGAUCGAUGCCAUCGGCGGUCGACGGUUCUCAGAAGGUACUAGUGCAGACCGAGAGAUCCAGCGCACGCUCAUGGAGCUACUCAACCAGUUAGACGGUUUCGACUACUUGGGCAAGACCAAGAUUAUCAUGGCCACGAACCGACCCGACACCCUAGAUCCCGCAUUACUGCGUGCCGGUCGUCUCGACCGAAAGAUCGAGAUCCCACUACCGAACGAGGUCGGUCGUCUUGAGAUUCUCAAGAUUCAUGCCCAAAGCGUCGUCACUGAAGGCGAGAUUGACUUCGAGAGCGUAGUCAAGAUGAGCGAUGGCCUGAACGGGGCCGAUCUGCGAAACGUGGUCACGGAGGCCGGUUUAUUCGCGAUCAAGGCCUACCGAGACGCCGUCAACCAAGACGACUUCAACAAGGCGGUCCGAAAGCUAGCGGAAGCGAAGAAGCUAGAAGGCAAGUUAGAGUACCAGAAGCUAUGAGACAAGAGUGGCAGGUAUAGCUAGUAUUUGGAGUGGAGUAUCUACCCAGCGGGACGUAUCUCUAUAACCCGUUUCUAGCGAGGGUUAGGGAGUCAGGCCGAGCAACGCAUCACGAGGCAUUAUCAGUAGUUGGUAGCUAUUCCCGUCUAUUUUACCGCAUAGGCGGGUUUCUAAAGCCUUAGCCAACUGCAUAAGUAGACUAAGCCUCAGUGUACGAUUAUCAAAUAUGUAGAAAGCAGGCGAGGUCUCUCAGCGGCCUCGCUAAUAAUAUGAUCAAGGACACGAUCUUAUGAGCUUA